CAGGUCGGCUUAAGGUUGGAGAACAGGGCAGAGACCAGGAAUUUGAGGAAUCCUAACCCUGCCAGGCGGGGUUCGCGCGCAGCCUCGAACAGCCUCCAACCUCUAGGAAGCCCCCAGUUUCAAGCCCUGGAGGUACUGGUCCGGCGCGCCAAAGCGAUUACACCUUGGCUUGCGUUCCAGUUCCCGCCCCAAGGCCUAGGAGACCCGCUCCCUCGGCACUUGGGGGAGAAACCCGGGCGCAGAGCGGGAAUCCCUUAUUGUAGGUGAGGAAGCGGGGUCAGGAGUCUCCUUUAGAGUCCCCAUAUUUCGGAAGAAGGGUGAUGCUUUUCGAACUUGCCGGACGCCUCCCAGAGUGACGCCGGGAAGAGCGAGCCCUUUAAGAUUGUGCGCGCUGCUCGCGUCGCAGCCUCUCGGGGAGAGGAGGCGCGGGGCGGGGCAGCUUGGCCCCGCCCACCAACAGGGCCCGCCCCCGGCGUCCCCGCCCCGCCCCCCGCACUCGGCCGGCGGCGCCUUUGAUGUUCGGACCCGCCAGCUCCCGGAGCCGCUCAGCCUGGCGCCCGCGCCCCGCGCCCGCAGCCCGCCCAGGCGGAGUCAGCCCGCGCUCCGCCCGCCGCGCUUCGGGCUCGGAGGUCCGGACUCCGGGCUCGCCGCCUGCUGGGCCGGUUCCGCGCCCCGCACUCUCGCGCCCCGCGCCCCGGCGGGCGGAGCGCACCAUGCCGCAGCUGGACUCCGGCGGGGGCGGCGCGGGCGGGGGCGACGACCUCGGCGCGCCCGACGAGCUGCUGGCCUUCCAGGACGAGGGCGAGGAGCAGGACGACAAGAGCCGCGACAGCGCCGCGGGCCCCGAGCGCGACCUGGCCGAGCUCAAGUCGUCGCUGGUCAAUGAGUCCGAGGGCGCGGCGGGAGGCGCGGAGGUGCCGGGGGCCGGCGGCGGGGCCCGCGGCGAGGCGGAGGUCGGGGCUGAGGCGCUCGGACGGGAGCACACUUCGCAGAGACUUUUCCCCGACAAACUUCCAGAGUCUCUGGAGGACGGCCUGAAGGCCCCGGAGUGCGCCAGCGGCAUGUACAAAGACACGGUCUACUCCGCCUUCAAUCUGCUCAUGCACUACCCGCCCCCCGCGGGAGCCGGGCAGCACCCCCAGCCGCAGCCCCCGCUGCACAACAAGGCCAGUCAGCCAGCCCACAGCGUCCCACAACUCUCUCCUCUCUAUGAACAUUUCAGCAGCCCCCACCCUACACCUGCACCAGCCGACAUCAGCCAGAAACAAGGAGUUCACAGGCCUCUGCAGACCCCUGACCUCUCUGGCUUCUACUCUCUGACCUCAGGCAGCAUGGGACAACUCCCCCACACUGUGAGCUGGCCCAGCCCUCCUCUCUACCCCUUGUCCCCUUCCUGCGGAUAUAGACAGCACUUCCCUGCCCCCACUGCAGCCCCUGGCGCCCCCUACCCCAGGUUCACCCACCCGCCCCUGAUGCUAGGCUCUGGUGUGCCUGGUCACCCCGCGGCCAUCCCGCACCCGGCCAUCGUACCUCCCUCAGCGAAGCAGGAGCUGCAGCCAUAUGACCGCAGCCUGAAGACGCAGGUAGAAUCCAAGGUGGAGAAGGAGGCCAAGAAGCCAACCAUCAAGAAGCCCCUCAACGCCUUCAUGCUAUACAUGAAGGAGAUGAGAGCCAAGGUCAUCGCAGAGUGCACACUCAAGGAGAGCGCUGCCAUCAACCAGAUCCUAGGCCGAAGGUGGCACGCGCUGUCUCGGGAAGAGCAAGCCAAAUAUUAUGAGCUGGCCCGAAAGGAGAGGCAGCUGCACAUGCAGCUCUAUCCAGGCUGGUCAGCGCGGGACAAUUAUGGGAAGAAGAAAAGGCGGUCACGGGAAAAGCACCAGGAAUCCAACACAGACCCUGGCUCGCCUAAGAAAUGCCGUGCUCGCUUUGGCCUCAACCAGCAGACGGAUUGGUGUGGUCCGUGCAGGUGGGUUUGUCCCCACCACCAUCCUCCCUUUGCUUCAAGCUGCUUCCCUGACUCUGCACACGUUCUGCUGGGCCUGUAGCCCUCCUUUGGUCCCCCAGUCCCAUAGCAAUGUUCUAGAAAAGAAAGGCAGACUCAAGAAGGUAGUUCUGGCCCCUGGUGCCUAGGGUCCUCUGUUAAUGAGGACCUGAUGCUGACUAAGGUUAGCAGAUCCUCAGCAGGCCAAUCUCAUGUACCCCAUUCAGUGGCCUGAGCCCCUGGCUACCAGGCCUAGAACUCACCAUGGUCCACCAAUUCCCUCACUUCAAGUUAGGAUCCCUGCCUGUGUUAUCCUGAACGCUUAAAAACCCAAAGUGACUGUAGUAGAGGACCGCCUGGAUGCCAAGUGGUCACGUACCUCAUCUUCUACCUGAGACCAGGGACUGCAGAGGUAGGGAGAGAGGAAGGGGGGGUAUCCCUGGGCCAUCCUAGCAAAAGGGCCGUACUUGGGCUCUGUGGCACUAAACCCAUGUGUUUCCCCAUACAACAGAGAAGUGUGUAUGUGAAAAGAAGAUAUACCUACCAGGUGGCUAAAGUUUGCCUGGUUGAGGUUGAGGCUAGGUCUGGUAAGGCUGAGUCCACCUCAGGCAGUGAGUUCACAGACUCUAAGGAAUACCGUCCAGUCCCUCAGAGUGUCCACCAUGCUCCCUCUCCAAGGGCAAAGAGGAACUUGGGCAGUACAUAAGUGUGUGUAUAUAUACACGUUGGGCGCAUUUGUAUUAUUCUGCCCGAGCACCCCCCAGGAAUCCACAAGCAGUGCAGCCCUUUGCCUUACUGCAGAUCUGAGCCCCACAAACACGUGAAGCAGAGGCUCCAUGGCCCAAACUGGGAGAUGGCUCCCCUGGAAAACAGGAGGCAGCCCCCACGGCUAGCCUGCAAGAGGUUCCUGUGCCACCCUGUGGCUGUGCUGGGAACUACACCUGCUCCAGGUCUGGGCCAGGCCCAGCAGAAGUGCAGUGCUAGGUUUGAAGGCACAGGCACAUCACCCAAGUCCUGGGGACAGGGGACAAGAGGUCAGCAGGCCUGUGCAAGGACAGCAUUUUCUGGUUGUGGUGUAUGACUGUGAAUUCACCCUCUGUUUACAGAUAACUCUCUUCACUAUUCCUAGGAGGAAAAAGAAAUGCAUUCGGUACUUACCCGGAGAAGGCCGCUGCCCCAGCCCCGUUCCUUCCGAUGACAGUGCUCUAGGCUGCCCCGGGUCCCCAGCCCCCCAGGACUCGCCCUCAUACCUCCUGUUGCCCCACCUCCCCACAGAACUGCUUGCUAGUCCUGCGGAGCCGGCGCCUACAUCACCAGGGCUCUCAGCCGCUCUCAGCCUCCCAGCCCCCUGGACCCCCCCAGGCCCCCCCCGGCGCCCUGCAGAGUACACAGGUGCAACGACAGGAAUCUCAGAGACAGGCAGCCUAGCAUGCACAGGACACCUGGCCGCCUCCAGGGACCCAUCCUCUGAGAGGAAGCGACAGAGCCCCAAAUCACAUGGAACCUGGCCAGGGGCCCUGUUACCUCCCUCUCAGGGACCAGGCCCAGGAGACUUCCGAGGCUGCACAACUUCUGCCUGAACCUGGGGCCAUCAAUUCCAACUGCUCCAAGUGGUGGGAAUCCGAUUGGUGGUGUGUCGUCUGAUUAAGGGCAUCCCUUGUGCCUACAGCAGCCUGCAUCUAUUCUUUUUACCACCUGUCUUGCUGGCCAGAUGCCCCCUGCCUCCUCCUUUGCUUUUCUGCUAUAGGUCACAGAUGGGCGGGAUUGAGCCCAGCUACUUUCCGAACCCUACACCUCCCCAGUCCCACCACUGCCACACCCUCCCCAUACCAGACACUUCAUGGACCAAGAAUGAGCUGGUUUAUGAAACAACACCUCAGCAUGGUCACAACCACAUGCUCAAGAGGACAAUGCUUCUCUCAGAAAGGCCCGGAGAAGCCCUGUUGACAGAAAAGGAGUAAUUAUUCAUAAGCUGGACCAGAAGGAAGCCUCUUGCCAUGUUCUCAAGAGCUUGCAAGACAAGGAGGGGAUAACGGGUUAAAUCUAGGCCUAUCAUCCUAGGCAACAGGAAUGACCAGACACUAUCUUAUCAGGCAAGUAUGGGCAGUGAGACGUACCUGGCUCUGGUUCAAUUACUUGGAAAUGUUUCCAAGAGAAACUCAACCUCCCCAGAAGCUCUGAUGACCAAGGUCCCAAGCCUGUCUCUAAUGGCUGAACUCGACAGCCAAAAGAAAUGGCCCCAAACCCGGUGUGCAUCCCUCCCUACCCCAAGAGCCUCUGUCACAGCUCCAUUUUCUGCUUACCCGGGUCAGUCUAGGCGGCUCGUGAGCAGUUGAGGGCAAACCUCAUGACAGCCAGUGCCUACCUUUCAGCACGAAACAGGCCAGCUUCAGUUUCCCGAUGGGGCUGCAGGAAGGACCAUCACCAUCAAAGCAAGGAGCCCAGAGAACCUCUAGUGGUAGUCAGUGGGUUUUCACCACAGCCUACUUUAACCCAUUUCUGAGCCAAGCUUCAACCCUGAGCCUUAAAAAAAAAAAAACUUUUAAUUUAAUUUUUUUUUUUGCCCUCUUCCUCACUGUACAUAGCCUGAAUCCAAAGAAAAAGGGCUGUUCCUAUACCCGUACAUCCCUCAACAAAAGCCUUUAGUUCCGACUUUAGCCACUGGCUUCUCAGAAUCCAAAGAACAUAUAUUCUAGUGUAGUGUUGCAAGAAGUCUUGAAAGAAAAGGACUAUUGUAGUGUUCAAAAUAUUUUUGUAUUGUUAAUGCAUCAUCAAACAAAAACUUUUUUAACGUGAGAAUAAAGAUACUUUUUCAAAGCUUGACCCUAAGGAAUAAGCUGUUUCAGUAAUAGAGCUUGACACUCUCCUUUUCUUACCCACAGCCAUAAAACUUGGGGUUUAUUCUGUCAUGGGACACAUGUUCUCAAGACUUUCAAUCAACAGAAGCCAAAGAUUACUUUCCUCACCUUCCCUAUUGGGGCUUAGGCCCUGCCCGGCCUUCCAACCACAAGAGCUAAUCUCCCUCUAAGUGUAAACUCCCCAAUCCUCGGACCUCACAAGUGAUGCAGGGACAGGCCAGCCUGCAUAUGGGAAUGGGCCGUAAACUGCCACCACAGACCCACAUAACCACUAGGCUCCAUCUUCCUCCCGCAGAGAGAAAAGACCCAAUACUCCACAAGCACACAUCCUAUUUUGAAGCAAACCGGAGUCUCUCAUAAGCUGGUAUCAGAAAACUUGAAAGAGCAUUUUAAUAGCACCCUUUCCUCCCAAAAGCUAAUUGGGUGCUUAAAGUAUCUUCCUAUUUUUACACAAAACCUCUCCAGUUUGAUAAAUCUACAGCCUCCCUUUUAAUAGCAGUUUCCAUCAUGUUUAAGAAUACCAUUAACUCCUCAAACUCCUCAUGAAUGUAGAAGGUGCAAAACCACUUCAGUAGGUCAAGCAAAUAAAAAUGCUGGGCAAGAAGAUCCCAAGUCACCACGCAUUGUAAUUUUCACAGAGUUCUAUUUUGGGGAUUUUAUGUUUAAAAAUAUUUAUAAAUAAAGUCAUCUUCCAGAGUAGUGUCUAUCUAAAGUAGGCCACUGGAAGCUGUAAU